AUGCAUAUUGCAAUUGGCGCAGUCCAGCAGGAGCAGGAAGAAUGUAUUGCUAUUCUGCUGGAACACGGUGCCGACCCCAAUCUGGCAGACACUGACGGCAACACUGCCCUUCACCUGGCUGUCCUCUCUAAAAAUACAGCUGUAGCAGGGCUGUUACUCGAGCAUAAUGCCAAUAGUGAUGCUCAGAACCAGUGGGGAUUUACUCCCUUCAAACUUGCAGCCCUCCAACAGCAUGAGGAGAUUCUGGAGUGCCUUCUGAAAAAAGCAGCUGACAGGCAUGCUCAAACCCAAUGUGAAAGGACUGCUUUUGUGGUUCCUGGAACCCAUGAGGCUCACCUGGAGGAAGAUAAUCUGCGCUUGCAGGAGGAGUUGGACAGGGCUGAGCCGGAGCUGCAGGAGGAGGAAGAAAAGCAUCUUCAGUCCGAGCAUCGUGUUGGUGACUUGAAGACUGCCUUGGAUGAUAAAGAAAGAGAAGCAAGAACUUCUUCCCAGAAACUGCAGGACCUCCCGUUGGCAUCUUCCGAGACCAAUCCGACCGUAAAACAACUGGAAGAAGACGCGCAACACUUUGCAAGUGGAAACAGCAGAUUGGAAGCCACUGUCCAGCAGCCAAGCAACAGCGCUGAAGCCCUUCCGAGAGACCUGCAAGCCUCUGCCUCAGGUGGUGAACUUUCCCAGCAGCUGGACAUGGAACCUAACACAGGCAUGCAGCCAGAAGCCCAAAAGCAGGCUUUGCAGGAAGAGCUGUCCGCUCUGCUUGGGAAGUGUGAAAAACUGGAGAAGAGCCAAUGCCAGCUGCAAGAAGAGCUGGGGGCCCAGGCCCUCAGCAGGCAGCUGGCUGUCCCCACCAAUCAUCUCUCCCGCUUCAGGCGGGCGCUCGGGGCUCUGCGCAGGCUGUUCCGCUCCUGCACGGCGGGACAGCCCCAGGAUUAG